AUGCUGCAUCAGAGAAAUAACGUAAGGUGUGCACCUCUCUCUGUGUACCUUUGUGUCAUAGCAACUGCUAUCAAUGUAGGUAAAGAAUGAACUGGAGCUGAAUAAAUGAGACCAGAGAUUAAUUUCUGGCAGCGUACUUAACCUACAGAAACAGUCAUUAUCUCCUGCACGAGUGCAAGAAACACGCACAACAGUUCAAAGAUGGCAUUAGCAAGUGGACAUUGGAUUAGAACAGAGGUAAUUGGAGACUCUCCAAGCCCUAGGCAUGGACAUGCAUUGACAAUGGCAGGCAACAUAGUAUUUGUAUUUGGAGGCUGUUCCAUUUAUAAUACCUUUGAUGAUCAGCAAACAUAUUUCAAUGACUUCUACAUGUUGACAAUUACUCUUACUGAUUUGACUUGGGAGAGGAUACCUCAUGAUGGACAUAUUCCUUGUGCCAGAGAAGGUCAUACACUUUGUGUAGUAAGAGGGAAGAUAUAUUUAUUUGGAGGGUGUUCAACCCAGGAUGCUAAAGAAUGUCUUCCAGGAGUCUACAGCUUUAACCUUAGGUCUUUAACAUGGCAGAAGGUAAAAACCAAUGGCAUUGCACCUCAGACCCUCAGACACAGUUCAGCAGUAGUAGGAGAAAAUAUCUAUGUCUAUGGUGGAGUUCAUUAUGGAAAAGCUGUUGAUGACCUGUAUAUGUUCAGUACUGUAUCUCUCAGCUGGACCCCAGUCAAAACCACUGGUUCAGCACCUGGUGCCAGGUCAGGCCAUGCUUUUGCAACAGUUGGACAAGUAAUAUACAUGUUUGGUGGUUGUUCGGGUGAAAAUAUUUACUGCACUGAUUUGCAUGCAUUGGAUACAGGUAUCUUUUAG